GGAAUUCCGGUCGACGAAAGACUUCGUUUUUAUUUAUAAGGAGAAUGGAGCCAUGUCUCCUUUUCUUAGUACGGUCAUGGGUGUACGCUGCAUAAUCAUUUAUUUACGCGAUGGGCUAGAAUGGCACAUACCUCGAUUAUUAUCAAUUUUAAACUGGGGUCAAAAGUCUUAAAUAAAUCAGAAAUCAUUCAAUUAAGUGUCUUUAUAAGCGAAAGGAAACUGGAAUCUUUUAUUGUGAGUAUGAAAGCAGAGGAAAAAGCUAUAAAAUAAAGCGAAAAUUGUUUGGAAAACAAGAGCAACAAAGGAAAUUUGAAGAUCGAUUUGAAAAAUAUUUGUUUAUCAUCAUGUGGGUACGAAUAUAUAUUUUGUGUUUUCUCGUAAUGUUGAUAGCAGUCGAAUCUUCUCCUUCAACUGAAAUUCAAGAAGGUGAAACUGAGCUACAAAAAUGCAAGUGCGCUAAUUUUGACUGCGGAUGCUGCAGUCAUAUUGAAGUAGAUGUGGCACACAUUAAUGGAACACUUUGCUCGGAUUUCAGAUAUCUGCCUGACGAUAUUGGAGUUUCUCUCACUAUAACGUACAACAAACUGACUAUUUACAAUGAAACAUUUUCAGUGAAAAAUCCACCUGAAAUCUGCCCAAUUCUCGUGGAAGACCUUCACAUCGAAGCUUGCCUUCGUUUUUACGAUGUGGAUUUUGAUAAACAUCAUUUUAGCGGUUGUGCUGAAGUCCAUAUCGCCUUCUUGAGAGUAGUUCCUUUGGCGAGAAAAGACCUUGGCUGCUUCCACAUAGGCCAUCAAAAUUCGUCGAUUAAUUCUGUUUACCCAUCUGUUGUUCUCUUGGAAUAAGUAACGAAAAAAGAUUUUCUUUGAAAAAGGAAUUAUUCUACCCCUACCAUUUUUCCAACCAUGAUUUCCAUUAUACCAUGAUUUUUAUUUGAUUAUAUUUAAAAAUGACAAUUAUUGUUUACUUCUCUAUGUUCAAUCAUACUUAAGACUGUAAACAUUUAAAUAAGUAGGUUAGAAAGAACUUUGAAAACAGAAAAGAUGGACCAGUUUUUCUAAGUUUUUAAAGAAAAUGUAUGUUCUGGUACUUCCUACUCUUCCUGAACAAAUAUGAUAUUUAAAAAAAUGUUUUAAAAGUAGAUCUGAUAAAAAUGCAAAAAUAAAUUAGAAAUUAAAUUUUAAUUUUUCCUUAAACUUAAAUGAAAUAAAUUAAAGAGAGAUUAGGAUAUUCGGGGCAACGAAUUUUUAAUGCGGACUGCGGAACCUAGUGUUACGUCCUAAAAGGGCGAUUCAGGUUAACAUCAUUUUAUUUUAUUUGAAAAAGACUCCUGAUUUAUUUACUGAGCUGUAGGCUUUGGGCAAAGGGAAAAAGAAUUGGCAAAGAAUGAAUCGAUGCUGAAAUUCCUUAUUACUUGUUUAUUUAUUUUGACAAUUUCAGAAUUCAAGGCUAAAUGACACCUGCCGGUCUAGUUCCCAUCGAAAUACUAAUUAUUGGGUUGACUUUUAACAUGUUUUUUCCAUUUCAUGUUUUGGAAACCAGGAAACGAUACAACCUAAUACCUGUUGGAGAACGGUGAUUAAGUUAUGUUUUUACCUGAUUGCCGAUGAAUAAAUUUAAUCAAUUUUCCAUAUUAAUGCAUUAAGGUUGACGGACCUUUCGGCCAGUCUCAGAAUUCUUUUUGAGACUAAGUUUUGUCGUUCAAUCCCUCACAGCAUGAGAUAUUGGCGGGAUAUCGUAUUUAUCUCCCAGGAUUUCGUGGGCAUAUUUCAGGAGAUCCUAGGGAUAUCGCAAAUAAUAUCAUACAGGGCGGAAAUCUCGAUAUCCCUGGAAUAUCCCAAGGAUAUCUCAGAAUAUCCCAUUAAUGUCCCAAUUGUAUAUACCAAGGAUAUUCCCAAGAUAUCCCAAUUCCAUAAUCUAUAGUAUAUUACUGGAAAUUCAGAUGUAUCUACUGUCAUUUAUAUUCAUAUUCAAUCGUAUCAAUAAAAUAAGAAAUAAUUUCACAAUAUUAGGUAUUUUUCCGGAAAUUUUAUACAAAGUGCAACAUUAUAAAAUACAAUAAUGGUAAAGUCUCCCCUAAAGUCACUUUCAGGUCAAUUCCAUCAUGGUUGUCAGUGUGCGAAAACUAUCAUGGGCAGUAAUAAGUCACACUUUAACAGAAUUCAACAAUUUCUCGAAUAUUCGUGCUGGAUUACAAUCUAUUCUCAUUUAUAUUAUACAAACUAACGCGGUACAUAUUAGUUUGAUUGCUUUUUAGCAUAAAAAAUGAUUUUGCCGUUAAAAAUUGCGAUCUCAAAAACUGCGCAUUUUAGAGGUAACAGAAAUAACAGCAAACUUUAACAUCUUUAUAAUGUGACUUCUUUUUUAUUAUAAGUAGACUGUUAAUGGCUAUAAAAAUCAUUCGCGGUAAUAAUUUUUUGAUAAUUAUAAUGAAAUAGAACUUUGAAAGAAACCGAAUAUUCGAGAUUUGUAUAAAGUGGUUUUUUGACACACGGAUGUUUGUUAAUCUUUAUGUUUCCAGGUAUUCUCAAUAUUUUAAUCAAUAUGCAUUUCAGAAAUAUUGUAUUCCAUUGCCAAAAAUCCCGCACAGGAAAUUGAGUGGAUAUCGUACGGGACGGAAAUCUCGAUAUCCUUGGAAUAUGCCUCGGAUAUCCCGGCCCGGUAAUAAGCGUAGAAUAGAGAAAAAUUAAUAUUUUCAGAUUUCUGCGCCAAAUUGAAGAUU